AUGAUCAACGAAUUCGUUUGGGUUUAUGUGGACUUGUGGAACAUCGAUCUUAUUAUCACUUUCAAUCAUCAUGGAGUGUCUGGCCAUCCCAAUCAUCGAGCCAUAGCAUCCGCCCUAAGUCAAUCAGUGCACACAGACCCAAAGUUUCCAACGACGAUGAUGCUCCGGUCUCCGGGGAUAAUAGAGAAAUACAGCUCGCUUUUGGGGGUGCCCUAUACGCUGUACCGCCACCACCGUGACCGCAAGUCUCUUCUCCCUCAACUUGCGCGGCCGCCCGGGCAUCCCUCACGGGACAAGAAACGGCUUGCCGAGCUUGCUCACUUCAAACGCUCAUCCAUCUAG